AUGGUUGACCCCAGUGGGCGCCUUAUCGCUGCAGCGUAUGGUGCGGGGCCUGUCGAUAUAUGCCCCCAGCAGGCUUCACACGAUGCGGAAGAUUACGCAAUCUUCAUGUUGACGUCCUGCGCAUUUGGGCCUGUGGAGGUCUACGCCGAUUGCGCUUCCACGCUCCAGUGCCUUCACGACCCCGUGUUCUCAGUUUCAGCGCAGUGUUCGAAUGCGCAUUUGUGGCAGCGAAUGUGGCAUAUUUUUCAUGACCCUGGCAUGCUGAGCGCCUUCAAGACGAAGGCGCACUGCACGCAAACUGAUGUGGAGGCCUGCCGCACGACGGCUUGGGAACGUCUGGCGAAUGAGUCGGCCGAUUCGUUCGCCAAGCAGGGGGCGGGAUGUCACCCUUGCGCGGCGGCCGCUGCCAGGGAGCUUGCUGGGCUUAAUUUGCUUGCGGUCGAGGCUGGCAGGUGGGCGGCGCAGCAAGAAAUUCUGAAGGUGGAUCGUGUUUGGCUGGACGCCGAUCAGAUUCUUCCAUACUCUCCUCCUGAGCCUCCCGCCCCUAACGGUCCUCUUGAUCGCUCGGCCGCGUUGGUCGGGAAGGACCGCUAUUUGUUUUCAUCGGAGUCCCCGCCAGCGGCUCCCGAGCUUGAGCUGCUUGUGCAACUCCAGGGGCAUAGGAUCAAGAUGGCUCCGGUUUUUCAGGCAGACGGGCAACCCGUGUUGUCAGGGAGCCGCGUGGCCAUUUGA